AUGAACACAUGGAAUGAAGCUCGUUUAGCUCGUAUUAGUGCUGCAAACUGUUCUAAUAUUUCUCAUAUGUCUGAAAAACUUUAUAUUGAAGAAAAACAGAAAUGGAGAAAUAUUUUGGAAAGAGUAAUAGCCAUUAUUCAAUAUCUAGCCGAACAUAAUAUGGCAUUGAGAGGUUCAUCCGAUUUACUGAAUACUCCAAAUAAUGGAAAUUUUUUAGGCCUCGUAGAACUUAUGGCUCGAAUCAAGAAAUGUUGUUACCUAUUUAAGCAAAAUAUACAAAACGAACUUAUAUCUCUGAUGGGUAAUAAAAUCAGAAAUACUGUGAUCGGUCGAAUAAAAGCUGUCAAGUAUUUUUCUGUUCUUUUGGAUUGUACUCCAGAUACUUCUCAUCAGGAGCAACUUUCUUGCAUCAUACGAUAUGUUCAUAUACACAACGGUGAAGUACAAAUAUGUGAAAGUUUUACCGGGUUUUUGGUGGUCAAAGACACUAGCGGAUUAGGAUUGGCAACAACUCUAAAACAACAUCUGAAUGAUUGUGGACUUGAUUUUACAAACUGCAGAGGACAAGGAUAUGAUAAUGGAGCAAACAUGAAGGGAUACAAAGCUGGUGUCCAAGCCCAACUUUUACGAGAAAACCCAAAAGCUUUUUUUACACCGUGUGGCUGUCAUAAUUUAAAUCUCGUAUUGGCAGAUAUUGCUAGCGUUUCUCCCAAGGCUGUUACAUUUUUUGGUGUUAUUCAACGAUUUUACACAUUCUUAUCAGCUUCUAACUAUAGAUAUGAUAUAACUAAGAAAUAUUUAAAGCUUACACCAAAAACGCUAUCUGAUACUCGAUGGGAAUGCCGCGUAGAAAGUGUAAAAGCUGUACGGUUCCAAAUUAAAGAGUUUGUACAAAUAUUUGAAGAAAUUUUAACCGAACCUAAAGAUCCAAAAGCUGCUAGCGAAGCUACUUCUUUAUUGAAAGAAAUUCAAUCUUUUCCAUUCAUAUUAUCCACUGUUAUAUGGUAUGAAUUACUCGUAAAAGUCAAUAGAGUAAGUAAAAUGCUUCAGCAAAGGGACGUGCAAAUGGAUGUGGCCAUAUCACUCCUUGAUAAUCUGCUAAAAGAGUUAUUAACUUUUAGAGAAGAUGGCUAUCAAGAGUGUGUGAAAACCACAAAAAUUAUUGCAGAGCAAAAUAACGUUAUUCCUCAUUUCCCUCAAAAACGGGUUGCUAGAUCAAAACGACCGUUUGAUUAUGAAAGCGUCGAUGAUCCAAUAAGAAAUGAAGAAGAACAAUUCCGCAUAGAAUAUUUUCUCCUCGUUACCGACCAAGCCAUUGCAUCAUUUAAGGAACGUUUUAAGCUGUACGAAGAUCUCAGGAAUAACUUUGGAUUUCUCUACGAUUUUAGAAAAAUAAAAACAAUAUCUAAAAAAGACUUGAUGAAAAACUGCAUGGACUUCCAUAAUAUUUUACAGGAUGGACAGAAUUCUGAUGUAGAUGGAGUAGAUCUUCUUGAAGAAUUUAGAGACAAGAAACACUCUUAUAAAGUAAGAAUCAAAACCCUCAACGAUUAA